UAUCAAACACAUCACCGUAUUGGGCUAUUUCAUUCACUAUAAAUGAACUAAUUUGGUCCCAAUAGGUCUGGAUUAUUUUGAUGAUAAUCGUCAUCAUUUUACCACCAAUCUUGUGGCAACAUUUUAAAUAUUUCCGGGUUAUUCGCCAUCGCGGAAUAAUGGAAAAUCAAAUUUUGUCGAAACAAUAUUCUUUCGUUUUCGGAGUGCUGAUUGGCCAAUCUGGACAAAAGUUGUCCUCUACCGGAAUUUCUGCUCGUUUAAUCGCAGCCGUUUGGUGUUUGAGCGCCGUUGUCUUUGCCAGCGCCUACAUUGGGGUCUUGAUGUCAUUCCUUCGUUUUCCCAAAUUAUCGCCAGUGAUUGACCAGCUGGAAGAACUUCCGGAAAAUCAUUUCAAGUGGAUCGUACAACGCGGAACAGCUCUCGAGUCACUGUUCGUUAAAGCCACAACAGGAGUCUACAAAACUAUCGGAGACGGUUUAUUGGAAUCACCGGAAUCUUUCGUUGAUGCUCGAGUGGAGGGUAUCCAUCGCGUAGCAGCAGGAGGUUACGUUUACAUCGAAGAGAAAACUUUAUUGGAAUCAGACAUUUACGAGGAUUACGUCCGAUCGGGCGUCUGCCGUCUCAGCAUCGCCAAAAAAGAAUUCUUCAAAGUGAAUUUCGCAUUUCCAUUGCCCAUCGCUAGUCCUCUCAAACCUUUUCUGAAUCAAAAGAUUCUGCAGAUGGUGGAAGCGGGUCUCGUGAAUUACUGGAAGAAUCUCUACUGGCCAAAAUGGGACAGCAAAUGCAUCAAUGAAAUGAAACAAAAAUCCGGACCGCAAAGUCUCCGGCUGGCCCAUUUGCAAGGCGCUUUCCUCAUUCUAGCCCUCGGCUGCGCAUUGGCUUUCCUCGCUUUUCUAAUUGAACAUUUCUACUUCCUGUACCAUCACUAA